CCGCCUCUUCUUACCAUCACGCACCUCCGACUCCGUGCGCGUUCCGCCAGCCCCCGCGACGGCCAUGUCGCGGCUGGUGCACAACAGCAAGCCGUCGCCCAUGGGCAAGGCAGACGACGGCGAGAUCUGCCCCGUGUGCAAGAGCAGUCGUUACCUUAAUGCCAGCCUGCGAUUUCUCGUCAACCCAUCAUGCUACCACCGCAUGUGCGAGUCGUGUGUCGACCGGCUCUUCUCCCAUGGACCACAGCCGUGCCCGAUUCCAGGAUGCCGCGAGACAUUGCGCAAGAAUCGCUUCCGUCAGCAGACCUUCGAGGACAUCCAGGUCGAGCGCGAAGUCGACAUUCGGCGCAAGGUGGCGGCAGUCUUCAACCGCCGUGAGGACGAAUUCGAGAGCUUGCGCGACUACAAUGACUACCUGAACGACGUGGAAGACAUCACCUUCAACCUCAUCAACCGCAUCGACGUCGAGGAAACGGAGCGGCGAUUCCGAGAGUACGAAAUGGCAAAUCAGAGGGAGAUUGCAGAGAAUGCGUCUCUGGCAGAGCAGGAAAGCAUGUCAUAUUCUUCACUGCAGAAAGCCGAGCGCGAGGUCGCGCGCCAGCGGAGAGAGACUGCCCGGCGAGAAGAGGCAGACGAGCGGAGGGAAGCACAGGCGAACAAGCGCGACGUAUUGCGACGAUUGGAGAACGGGCAGGACCCAGACUCGGUCGCGAAAGAAGCUCAAGGUGCGACACUGAAGAAACGAUUGAACCGGCAAGACGCAGCAGCGAGACAACAGCAGCUGCAGGCCACUUCAGAAGUGAAGACAGGACGCGGCGCUGGUGGUAAUGGUAACACCCUGAUCAAAGGACUCAAAGCAAAAGUCAAGACAGAACCCGACGCUCCGAUCGAUCCAUUCGGUGGCUACAAUUUCGGGGUCAAGAGGUAUUAUUCCACACAGAGCAAGUACGUCUGGGACGUCUUGCAAAGUACUGCGAAUGAUGGCAAGCAUGGGCCUGGUGGAUACGAAGUUUCUGUAUUCACUGAUCGUGCUCUAUGCGAAGCCUUCAGUGGACUUGGCUGCUUCAUCGCGGACGAAUGCACUGAGGCUAGCAAGCAGGAUCAGAAUGAGCAAUUCGCUGGCACGGCUAGGGCAGCGGCGGGAGCUGCGGACAUCACAAUGAGCGAUUCUAUAUGAUGGCAUGUUGCGCCGGUCAUUACUCUGAGCUCAUGACGACAAUGAGAAUAAUGAUUGAAUUAGCGAGGCGUUGGUGGAACUCUUGACAAUUCAUAGAAGAGCGUAAGAGCUCGCGACAAAUGUCACAUUUCGGACAGGAUGAUCUACAUUCUCCUGAACACAUUACCACUGGCACUUCUC